AUUAGCCAAGCUGAAGUGAAAAUCGUUAGUCAUGCUCUGAUGCUUUUCUCCAUCGGACACAUUCAAUUCGAGUCUGCCAAGGCAGCAAAAUGAGCAAAUCUUUUCUUAUAUUAGCUCUCCUAAUUGUGUGUGAAAGCAGCUUGACACAUCAGCUGAAACUUGAAUUUCCUUUUAUAGAAAGGGGCAUUGGAUGUGGUCGAAUCAAUGGGACAGUUCCAGCCCCCCAUUUAGGCAGCGAAAUGUGGAUCAUUACCAGAUGGAUGGCAAAUCAAAAGAUGAAACCAUUUAAAUGCUUUCAGGAUGAUUUUCCACCAGAUAUACCUGUAGCCACCCAUGAAAGCGUUUUUCUGGGCACUGACAACAUCACCUUUGCCGUUCAUUUGAUUUGCUUAGACGAAACUUCCUCGGAACAAGAAGAUGACAAACAUUAUUAUUUGGUUCAGACAUACUCCACAAAGAAACAUCCAGUGCAGUCCACGAUGAACAAAAUAAGGAAAAUCCAUGAGGCCCAUGGCCUGCGAAUAAAAUGGUUAAGAGGAUGCAAAUAAGAGUAAAAUUGUGCAUAACUCAACAAUUGUUCAGCUCUCUCGGAUGAGAUUUUUGAGUUUAAAUUUACAACAAAAAACAAUUGCUUCACACUUGGACUGGAAUAAGCCGACGAAAAACUCCAAAAUCCACCAUCAAUAUCACGCUACUAAAAACCGGAGACAACGAAUUUGAAUAUUUCCUAACGCGUUCCUAGAUCGUUUCCAACAGUUUUUUCAAUUGACCUGUCGCCUCCAGCUCUCCAUUAAAAGAUACUCGUAUCUAAAAACUUUAAACUCUAUGACCCACAUGGGUACCUGGCGUAACCAGAUAGAUUGGAAUAUUUUCACACGGAUAUUUUUUGUUUGUUUUUUAGGGCAGAACCAAAACAAGCCAUUUUCAGAUUUUUCCCGUUUUUGUAUUGCUUUUGUUCGAGCCAACCAACGUAAAGUUUUCCAUGUA